AUGGCUGCAGAUGCCGCUGGGCCGACGUCACCGCCUCCUCCUCCGUCGUCUUCGCGUCCGAGGCUGCGGUGGCGAGGUGUCGAUGCGUGUCUCCAGUGGUCCAACUCGUACUAUACAUGGCGCGUGGCGGCAACAUCUCUUCUCUCUAUAGGGUCUCUCUUGCUGCUCUUCUUCACCAGCACCCAAGGCGUCGUCCUCGACAUUUGGCUCGGACUACAGACGCUCAACAUAUCGCUGGGCCUAGCUGCGCUGCCCUCCGUGUCUCUCUACCGCGUGCGCGUGAUUGAUAUUCCACACGUCGAAGCGUUCGCAGCUGCGACUACAAGCGAGCAACUGCUGGGCACACGGACGGUGAGCUCCUUCUCGCUCUCUCGCUCGGCUUUCGAUGCCCCUGGAGUGACAUUAGAACGCACUCUGACGCUCGCCAUCUUCGAGGCCAUUGUGGUGGUACAGACGGUGUCGCUCUCGUGGAUUGUCGUGCUAAUGCUGGGCGUAUACUGGGCCUUCGGAGAGCUCACAGAGGAGGGCGUGUGGGCCAUUUGGACGGACCCCGUAUCAUACGUCACACUACUUGCCAUUCUUACUAUCGCGCUCCACACACAACAGUUUGACAAGCUUCGCGCACACCAACAAUUGCAGCUUGGUGCGGGUCUGGAGGAGGACGAACUGAUGGCAGUAGCCCCGACUGCGCUAACGGGAGGGAAUGGCAAUGCCGCAGAGGCCACAGAGAGCAAAACACCCGCCACAAGUGGCGUGAAGACGCCGAUCUUGCAGUCGAACCACGUAGAUUCGUACUUAACAUUGAAUCAGGAGCUGCAUCCAUGGGCGACGACGCAGAACACCGUUCGGACGGUGGAGAGACAAAUACGCGGCGCGCUUUAUGACGCCGCGGCGAGUGGGAACUGCGCAGCAGUCGAGAAACUGCUGGAGCGUGCAGAGCAUGUGCUCGGGUCCAAGGUGCAGCUGGACAUGCUGCUCAACCGCAUGUAUACGACGCCUUCGCUCUUCUGCUGGAUGUUCUCCCAUCGGACACACAACCCGCUGCAUGUUGCAUGUCGCGCAGGAGACGUGCGCGUUGUCUCGGUGUUGCUGGAAGCAGGUCUGAACCCCAACUUUCUCGACAAAAUCUCGGGCGCGACGCUCAAUCUCGAGCUGCUGUACGAACUGUGUCAACUACGAGUGAAGAAAGUGACGCAUGUGCUGGGAUCGCCUCUGCAUGUGGCUGCAUUGCACGGCCACACGCAGGUGAUUGAUCUCCUGGUGAAAUUCGGCGCCAACUUGGACAUCAUUGCGCGGUCCAGCUUCUUCUCGCGCUCCAUGCGCGUCCCUCCCAUCUUCUUGGCGGACUCGGCCGAUGUCGUCGAGUGUCUAAUCCGACAUCGAGCCAAUCUCCUGUUGGUGCCGGGAGGUGGCAAUGCUGCCAGCACUACAGUUCUUCAGCGCGCACAGCUCUCGGGUCGUCGAGAAUUGGCGACUGUGCUGGAGGAAUGGGGCGCUGACGUUGCGCUGACGCCACUACACGAGGCUGCUGCUGCCGGGAAUCUCGCUGCUGUACAACAUUUGCUGUCAUGGGGGAUCAGCGCGGACAUUCUCGGCGAGUUUCAGCGCGGCGUACACAGCCGUACGCCACUCCAUUGGGCAGCUGUGAUGGGCCGACAUCGUGUGAUCAGCGAACUGGUGAAACGCGGCGCCGACGUCAAUGCAAAGGACAGUCAUGGACGGACACCACUGCAUUGGGCUGCUCGUCAUAAUUAUGCGGAUGCAGUCGAAGAGCUUCUGGCUGUAGAUGCUGACUUUCUACAGUUAGACCAUAGUGGGAUGACACCUUUAGCGUUUGCUGUGGAUGGCGGACUGCUGCGAGGUGAUUGCGUCGAGCUUUUUGUCCGUUUUGGAGCAGAUGUCGACGCUCUUGUCCCCACCGAGAUAGAGGAGACUCCUCUUCACAUCGCGUUACGACUUGGGUAUAAAGAGACGGCACUGGCUUUGCUUGUCGAGGGCAAAGCUGACUUGUAUGCGUUGAACGGAGAAGGACGUCGCGCUGUCGAAUGCUGCGCAUCCGCUGAGCUGCAGUACGCAGUCAAAGUCGCGGGUGCUUGUGUCGACGUGGUGCUUUCGUUUGACCCCGUGUUUCGUGUCUUCGCCGAGCGUGUGCGUGCGGGCAUUGAGCAGAAUUUCAUGACGGUAUACAUGCGGAGUGUGGAGGACGACACGGCGGGUCGACAGGGCGGCGGCGCGUCAGAGAAAUCGCUCGAGGUCAUGAAACACGCGUCGGCGAUCGUGUGUAUGCUCAGUGAUGGCUACGCGCAGAGUGUGUUGUGUAUGGACGAGCUGGCAUUCGCCAAACAGCACGAGGUUCCGGUGGUGCCAAUCUCUUGCGAGUCUGUAAAAAUGUCGGAGGAACUGCAGCUGUUCGUGUUCACGCGGCAGAUCGUUCCGUUCGGCCAGGCCGUGACGUCGCAUCACUUCAAGACAGCCGAGUCUAGUGAAGAUGGCUCCAGUGUAUCGGACACGUCAAGUGUGGACCAUAUCGAGUUCGAGAUCGACGAAGACAAGUUCCAAGCGAGUCUCCGAAGUCUCAUCGACGGACUGCGAGACGAGGUCGAGAUGCAUCGACUUGAAGGCGAUCGAGACUUGGCUCAAACGACUCUGAGCAAGCACCAACCGUUGGGUCGAGCUGCGACUUUGAGACGUCGAGCGAUGGACGAGAUUGUCAACGCAGUGAUCGUUCGCGGAAGUGGGAGGAGAAACACGUUUGGAGGAGGCCCCACGUUCUCGAUCUUUGUGUCUCACGGCGACUGCCAUCGCGACUUCGUCACGCGAUUGUGCACGGAGCUUCGUCGCCACCAGUUCCCGUUCGUGGUCGAUUCCAUGACCAAUGUAUCCAGCACCAAGGAGCGUAUAUUAGCGGCGAAAGAUGCGAUCCUGCAGAGCUCGGUCUUUCUCGUCGUGUUAUCGGAGCGCAGUGUCAAGACCGAGCUGGUGAGCGACCAGUUGGCGUUUGCAGAAGACAAAGGCAAGACGAUUGUACCGAUUUAUUUCUCCAAGAGACCGCGCGGCGUGGAUUCUACCUUGGGCAGAUUGUUCGAGCGAGAAGAUCGAGCUGUCGUUGCUGUCAAGUCCUGUUGCCCAAGCCGCAGCCCGACGAUUGUUGCAGAACUCAAGACUUUUCAACGGAUCGAGCCGCAAAGCACCGCCACGUGCCAGUUCGGAUCAACCUCACAACCAACCACUACGACAACCAACCAAAGCAGCCUAAACAUGAAUUUAGACAGUAACAAAACCAGCGACGUGACCUUCGCCACUGUGCCUCGCUUCGUGCGCACCGUCUACGACAUGCUGCACAACGAAGACCAGCGCAUUAUAUCCUGGUCGGCCGACGGAUCUCACGUCCAGGUCUACGACGUGCCGCGACUGGAGUCCGAGGUGCUGCGUAAGUACUUCAAGCGCGGCAAGUUCUCCAGCUUCCAACGCCAGCUCAACAACUUCGGGUUCCACAAGUGGACCAAGACGCGCGCUAGUGUCGCUACCUUCAGUCACGAGGUGCUCGUGCGGUGCCACCCAUCCCAGCUCGCCGUCUUGGUGGACCAGAUGAAGCUCAAGCAGAAGGCUGUGGCCGUGAUGACAUCGGCACCGGUGAAGCCAACAACGUCGAUGAAGCGACCUCGGAAUCUUCUGGGGUACACCACCGAGAUCACCACUUUAACCAAGAAGCACAAGAUGUCACCGCGCGACGUGUGCGCCAUCGACGAGCUGUCGGACGUCGGCUUCGCGUCGUUCGUGGAUCCGCCGUGGCUGAUGGAGGACGAUAGCUGCAGCUUCAAUGAUGGCCUGCUGCUGCUUGGUGUAAUCGAUUCUGUUGAUCUGGCGGAGAUGGACUGGGACGCCGUUGCUGCGUCACUUGAUGUCAGCAAUGCUGACAAUGGUAAUGACAACAACAGCAACAGCCAUAGCAGUACCAUCGACCUUGAUGCCGACAUGGACUUGUGCUUCGACGUCCAUUUUUCUGAUGCAUCGAUUGCCGUGUCGACCGAGGAGGAUGUGUGCGCUGACCUCGGUGGACUUGAUACCGUUCCGUCUCUGACGACGGAACUUCUACUGGGAAGCAGCUCCGAAGUUGAUUUUAUGAUAGUAUUAACGAUGAUAUGA